AUGCUGAAAAACACACUUCCCUUUUUAGCAAUUUGGGUUGGAUGUGCUCUGGGAGCCAAGGAAUCUGGACAGAGAAAUCUUUUUUGCAAUAGCCAAGAAAGGCGUGCUGCUUCGAUGGAGGGCGAGAGCAUCUGCCUGAGCUGCAGCCUUCCGCCAGCUGGCCCGGCAAGCCCAGGAAAGCAUGUCUCAGACCGCCCCGCACAGUUUUUUAAUGGAGCCUCUGGCAGAUGUGCUUCACCUUUGGAGCAUUCUGGGAAAAUAGACGACCUGCAGCACCCAAGCAGGCAGGAAAACAGCCCGCUGAAUCGGGCGGGCGUCUUUUUCCGCGUCAUUGCAUGGACGCCUAUGAGCAUCCAGUGA